AUGGCGUCGAAGAGUAUCUCGCUUGCUAGCUUCAUUAAGUCGUCGCCGACUCUUCACAAGCUUGUGAAGCCCGUCGCAAACGCUUACGCGCACAUUGCAGGCUACCGCCAGAUGGGUCUGCGCUACGACGACCUCAUUCAAGAAGAGAACAUGCAGAUGCAGAAGGCUCUCUCACGUCUCCCUGAGAAUGAGACAUACGACCGCGUCUACCGUAUGCGGCGCGCCGUUCAGUGCUCUAUUGUGCAGCGCGAUCUUCCCAAGGACCAGUGGACAACGCCUGAAAAUGACAAGCGCUACGUUACGCCGCUACUCAAGGAGGUGCAGGCCGCUGAUGACGAGCGUCUAGCUUGGGACACGAUGAAAGUCGAACAGCUCAGGCACCAUUAA